UGCUUCCUUGCUCUCGGAAAAUCCCCUGGUAUAUAGGCUUCCUUCACGACAAUUCUCGAAAUACCCGAUAACUCCUUCUCUUUUUUUUCUCAACUUCAAUCAAAACGUAGAAUAUCCGAUGGCUCUUGCAGCCGUCCCUGUUUCCGACGUCCCUUCUCUCGACCAAGUCCCAGAAAAUGCUUCUCUUUCUCUCUUCUCUGCCCCUUUCUCUGCAGGCGUGAUGAUGAAUGAUGGUAAUGAUACGGCGUCGUUUAAGAUACCCAAGUUCUUAGUUGUAGGGCACAGAGGACAUGGAAUGAACGUGUUGCAAUCCUCUGAUAAAAGAAUGAAAGCCAUUAAAGAGAACUCCAUUGUUUCUUUCAACUCUGCCGCUAAAUACCCAAUUGAUUACAUCGAAUUUGACGUUCAGGUGACAACAGAUGACUGCCCGGUCAUUUUCCAUGACGACUUCAUCCUCUCUGAAGAUAAUGGUGGUAUUUUUGAGAAGAGAGUUACAGAACUUUGUUUAUCGGAAUUCCUGUCCUAUGGACCCCAAAAGGAACCUGGGAAAAUGGGAAAAACUUUGCUGAGAAAAACAAAAGAUGGGAAAAUUGUAAACUGGAAUGUCGAAACUGAUGACUCUCUUUGUACCCUCCAAGAAGCUUUUCAACAAGUGGAGCCUUCUUUGGGCUUCAAUAUUGAAUUGAAAUUUGAUGACCAUGUUGUCUAUCAACAGGAUUAUCUGGUCCGAGUUCUCCAGGAGAUCUUAAAGGUGGUGUUUGAGCAUGCUAAAGACAGACCGAUUCUUUUUUCGACUUUCCAACCGGAUGCAGCCCUCCUUGUUAGGAAAUUGCAGAGUGCCUACCCAGUCUUCUUUUUGACAGAUGGAGGGACAGAAAUUUUCCAUGAUGUGAGGAGAAACUCGUUAGAGGAGGCUAUAAAGGUGUGCUUGGAGGGAAGUUUACAAGGGAUUGUUUCUGAAGUUAAAGGAGUCUUUAGAAAUCCUGGAGCAGUCACCAAGAUCAAAGAAGCCAAGCUCUCCCUUCUCACAUAUGGCAAAUUAAAUAAUGUCUCGGAGGCAGUUUACAUGCAAAAUUUGAUGGGAAUUGAAGGAGUGAUAGUUGAUUUCGUUCAAGAGAUAACAGAAGCAGUGUCCGAUAUGAUUAUGCCACCAAAGGCAGAUGAAGAUAAUGAGAAAUUAAGUGAGGGCAAUGGGAAAAUGGAAGUAAAAGGGAAACCAGAGUUCUCAAAGAGGGAGCUUUUUAUUUCUUUUGAAGCUCAUUCCUGAAUUCAUACAGAUUUAAUAUCAGCCUUUUACUCCAGAGUAUACUCACAGUUCUGCAAAUCUUGCCAUUAUGCGGCUGAUAUUGGGGUUAGGACUUGCGAUGGUCACCUCCCAUUUACAUUUUUUUUGGCAAGUAACUUCUCUUUUUUA